AUGAACAAUUCACUAGAGGCUUCCAGCUCCACUUACACAUCAACCGUCAUCUUGACGGAUGAGUUUCUACACUGUCCGAAUUGCACCCAAGAAUUAGUUAGACCCAAAUUACUCCCAUGUUUGCAUAGUUUCUGUUGCGACUGCCUCGAGACCUGUCUGUCUAGCAACGGUAUCCUGCCUGGUCAGACGUUCUAUUGCCCACUAUGUCGAACCCACUGCACCGUUCCAGAAAGUGGUGUCCAGGAAAUGAAAGACAACGUUCUCGUCGGUUCCAUGCAAAGUUUUUUAAAUUUUAGGAAUGAUAUCCUGAUUAGUGAUGAGGUGACAUGCGGUGGCUGUGGCAAAAGGUCAUUGGAUAAGACGAAGGUUAAAAAAUGCAUCGAGUGCUCUGAUUGGCUGUGUAGAUCUUGUAGUAGAAUACAUCAGCAGGUAAAACUUUCAAAAGACCACCACCAAUACAGUUCGGAAGAAUUACUAACGGGAGAUUUUGAUGACGUCAUCAAAGAGAAUAUAUCGUCACAUUACUGCCCCAAGCACAAAGAAAAAUUAAUUAAAUACUGUCUAGAGACAAAAUGUAAAGCGCUACUCUGCGAGAUGUGCAUAAUUACGUCACACUCGAAUCAUGACGUAAUUCCGAUUACGCAACAAGCUAUCAAAGAUUCUGAAACGAUUCAGUUAUUUUUACCUCUCGUUGAGAAGUUUAUCUCGACGCUGCAGAUGAGAAUUAAGAAUUUAGCCAGUCAGCAAAAAGAUGUAACCCGCUUUAGGAAGACAUUUCACAAAACUUUCGGGGAUAGAGUUUUGAAAGUUAUUGAAAAAAUAACUGAAAAGCUGUACAAUUACUCUGUUUCGUUGCACAACUCUGUAGACGGUCUAACAGGUGAUAGACUUGAAUACAUUAACUCUUUUGACGUUGAAGAUUUGAAAAGUAAAUUAGAAACCGCUAAAAUAUCAAAUCAAUUUUGCGAACAACUCAUAAAAUUCGACCACACAGCAAGCAUACUUAACACGAGCGGCUUAGCCAGGAGUCAAUUAAAAAAAUUUCAAAAAUGUCCCAAGAUGAAAAUUUCUUCUUGGACUACCUACAGCCUAACCGAACCGGUUGGUGUGACUUUAGAUGUCAUCGCCUACCUCGUCGGCGGUGUCUACUGCGAUGACAAACCCAAAAACGACACAUCGGUUCUCUCAUUCAACACGAAGUCUGAGUUAGACGUGAGACCGUGCGUCAUGUGCGACUUGGCCAUCGAUCAUAGCAACAGCUCCGUUAUCGUAGUCGAUGAGAGCAAUAAAAACUUAAAAGUUUUCGAUUUUGAAGGCAACAGGCUGACUCGAUCGGCAGACGGUUUUUUCCACUCACCGAUACGAAUAACGGUUCUAAGAAACAACGACAACUACUUAGUAAACGACGAAAAUACGUUGAAAUUAUCUUCUAAACAAUUUACUUCCCUGCAACUCUUCACAAGUUACAAAUUCAAACAACCGGUGGGCAUCUGCCAGUCGACGAACGGAGAAAUCUUAGUCGCCGAGUGGAUGACAGGCGAGGUCCUAGGUUUCGAUGAAAUUGGUAAUAUAGUUAGGAAGUUUCCGUGUCUCAGUAAAAAUCCUGCUUACCUGUCCUGCUGUCUCGAGUGUGAUCACUUGAUCGUAUCAGAUUGGAAAACGCACCGGAUACGAGUAUUUCACUGGAAUGGAAAUCUGAUCGGUACGUUCGGUAGCACUCAGGGAUCGGAUAUCGAUCAGCUGGACCAUCCACACGGCGUUUCGUCCGAUUCGGAAAACAGAAUUAUCGUCUGCGACUCUUGGAACAACAGAUUGUUGCUUCUAAACUGGAAAGGAAGAUUUAUUGGGAACCUGCUAACAAACAAAGAAGGUUUAAGAUGGCCCCAAGCCUCUGCUUUGACGAAAAAUUACCUCUUCGUUGUAGAAAGAUCAGGGAUUGUCAAGCUUUUUGAGUACAAUCCUGUGACGAACUCAUAAAAUAAUUCUAUUCCAUUUAGUUUAAUUACGUUGCAUUUCAAUUUUUUGAGUUUUUAAGUAGAAUUUAAUGAAAUUUUUUAUCUUUGUUCAUAAUUUUCGCUUAUUUAUUUAAAUAUUUUGCCAGAAAUUGCAUAGUUAUAAAAAUAUAUUGAUACCAUGUGUAUAUAUAUCUUUGAUAGCCAUUUUACAAUUUUUACAUUAUAUUUCGUUUUUAGACAGAUAUGCCUGACUUUAUGUAGAGAAAUUAUUUCUAUAUAUAUAUAUACAGCUCAGUGUACAGAUAUUUUACAUGUGUUUUUUUUAUUAUUUUUCAUGUAUUGAUGGCAUGUUUUUCAAAUAUUAAAAUAUAUCAUUAAAAUACGUAA